AUGGAAACCACUAAAAUUGCCGUUAAAGUUGUUGAUUAUUAUCAUAGAAAUAAGCAAAUAUGUUUUUUCGAUAAUCCUAAACUGAAAGUGCCUCAUCUGAAUCUGAAUAUUGAAGUCACAGAUUCUGGAGCAGGCGAAUUUAAAAUGGAGUCUCUUCUAGAAUAUAUCAGACAAAAAGGGUGGCCAAAUGAAGAGAAACCAAACUUUGUGACAAACAAGCAACUUCUGAAAUGUAUUGCAUCUGAUCAUUUUGAUAAUAUUGAAAUUCAAAUUGUUCAAUUGGGCGGUGUCAUCUUCAUGCUGAAAUCAAGUGACGAAUUCAGUCAAAUCACUAAUUUUGGAAAAAUAUUUGAACAUUUUAUGACGAAAACAACGGGAGAUGAAAGCAUUGAAGAAGAUGAAGAAGUUCGAAAGGCUGUGUUCAUUGCUGAAAUUCCGAAAGACGCUGGAUCAGAUGGAAAGUUCAAAGUCAUGUAUUCAGGGGAAAUUGAUGCAAUUGAUGAUUUGAAGCAGCAUUAUGAAUUGAAAGUUCUCAGUGGUGGUUUGAACGACUAUUUCUGGAAAAACAGGAGUUGCUUAUAUUAUUGGCAAUCAGUUUUCGGCAAAGUUUCAACGAUAAUAGUUGGUUCCAGGACUGGAAAACGCCCAUAUGAUCGCAAGACAUUGCCACCAUUGAACAUUCCAGAAUUUUCUUUAUAUGAGGUGAAAAGAUUGGAAGUUCGAACAAUGCCCACGAAAGCAGCGAAAGCUGUCAAUAAGCAAAACAAUCGGUUUUACAAGAACGAAGCUUUACCAAGAAAUGCUGGCUGGAAAGUCGAAAAAUGUGAGGAAAGACUUCGGGAAUUUCUCCAAUCGGUUUCCAAAAUGGUGACAAGAAACGGAGAUUGUUUUGUGUUUUCAAAGAAGAAAUCAGAUAAUUCGUGGACAAUUCAUGACGUGGAACAAGAAGAUUCACCGUUUUUUCUUUUUAUUUCUGGGCAUUUUAAAGAAGAAAUGACCCUAUUUUCGACUCAAAAAUCAGAAAUUGCACAAGAUGAGAAUCGAGAAUUUUCAACAAGCUCAGUAAUUUCAACUCGCGAGAAAACAUCUGCUGAUCAGAAACUGCAAAAAACUUCAAAAGAACUGGAACGGUCGGACCGUAUGUUGUUUAUCGAUUCGUUCAGAAGAACUAACAUAAAUAAACAUUAA